UGGCUCCAGUUCGAUUAUAUUGCAGCCCUGGUUUGUGCAAUUCGCAGCAGUCGAUUUCAGAUUUCAGCGAAACUUAAACCGGCAAUAAAAAUGGAAAAGUUUAACAAAGCGCAGGCCAAAAACUUGGCAGCCGCACAGAAGCUUGUGAACGCGUACGCCUCCAGCUCGGAGGAUGAAGGCGAACUAGAUGAAAAGCAUAUACUUGAUCUUUUAUACAAGCAUUACCAGGCCUCAACGGAGGCUCCAAGUAGGGACAAUGUGAAUCGCACUGCCACAUUCCUGGAGAACACGCUGCACUCGGGCGCGGCGACGUGCUUGAUAUGCAUUGGCAGCAUUCGGCGCGUGGAGCCCAUUUGGUCAUGCAGAAGCUGCUAUUGCUUCUUCCAUUUGAAUUGCAUUCAGCGUUGGGCCAACGACAGCGUCAUGCAGCUGAAGGUCAAGGCGGAGCAGCAGCAGACGGGCCACUACAAUCAUCUGGGCGAGUAUGUGCCGCCCAAGCGUCCGAAAUCCUUGUACUGGUGCUGUCCACAGUGCCGCCGGGACUAUCAGCCUGCCGAUCGGCCCACACAGUAUGAAUGCUUUUGCGGCAAGGAGCUGAAUCCGCAGCCACAGCCGUUUCUGGUGCCGCACUCCUGUGGCGAGAUCUGCGCCAAACUGCUGCAGCCCAAAUGCGGACACGACUGCAAGCUGCUUUGCCAUCCCGGUCCGUGCCCGCCGUGUGCCCAGCUCGCGCAGAGCUCCUGCCUGUGCGGCAAGUCACCGAAGCGCAGCGUGCGCUGCAUCGACAAGAACUGGCAGUGUCAGCAAAAGUGCCAAGAGCUUUUGUCCUGUGGCAAGCACAAGUGCAACCAGCGCUGCCAUCGUCCUGGCCAGUGCCCGCCCUGCAGCAGCAAGAGCUCACAGCCCUGCGAAUGCAAGCGCGAAGAAAAGGUCGUCAAUUGUGCCGAGCCCAAAUGGAAGUGCAACAAUAUAUGUGGUGCUCCUUUUGCGUGUGGCCUGCAUACUUGCGACAAGGUGUGCCACGCUGGACCUUGUGGCGGCGGCGAGUGUCCUCUGGGCGUGCGCAGCUGUCCCUGCGGCAAGAGCACCAGAGCUGGUGACUGCAGCGAGUUGGCGGAAACAUGCGGCGACACCUGCCAGAAGCUGUUGUCCUGCGGCAAGCAUAGCUGCGCCCAGCGCUGCCAUCGUGGCGCUUGCAACUUGUGCCUGGUGCGCACCAAGAAGAAGUGUCGCUGCGGUCUGCACGAGAAGGAGCUGCCCUGCUCCAAGGAGUUCAACUGCGAAACCAAAUGCAAGCAGAUGCGCGACUGUGGCAAGCAUGCCUGUAAUCGCAAGUGCUGCGGCGACCAGUGCCCGCCCUGCGAGAAGAUUUGCGGCAAGCAGCUGAGCUGCAACAAGCACAAGUGCCAGUCGGUGUGCCACAAUGGACCCUGUUAUCCCUGCAAGCUGGAAUCCCAGGUGAACUGCCGCUGCGGUAAGACGCGUCGCAGCGUGCCCUGCGGCCGGGAGAAGAGCGCUUGCAUUGUCUGCCAGGAGCUGUGCCGCAUCACGUCCAAGUGUCAUCAUGCCAUAAAGCAUCGCUGCCACAAGGGCGAGUGCCCGCCCUGCGUGCAGCCAUGUAGCCUGCCCAACGAUACCAGCGGCUGUGGACACAUAUGCAAGGCGCGCUGCCACGCAGCACUGCGUGUGCCCAAGCCAGCGGAUGCGCCGCGUGCGCAGCAGCACAAGUAUGAAUACCGUUCGCUGCCGCAUCCGCGCUGCGAGGAGGGCGUCCGCGUUGCCUGCAUUGGCGGCCACGAGCUGGCCAUCUGGCCCUGCUGGAACUCGAAGCCCACGUCCUGCCAGCGCAAAUGUGCGCGUCAAUUGAAGUGCGGCAAUCAUCGAUGCCAACUGGUCUGUCACGCGGUGCCCCAGCCUGAGGACAUGAACCAGCAGGCGGGCUGUGCCAAUUGCGAGGAAGGCUGCGCCAUACCGCGACCCCCUGGCUGCACGCACGCCUGCACCAAAGGCUGCCAUGCGCCGCCCUGUGCUCCGUGCAGCUUUGUCAUCAAAAGCAAAUGCCACUGCGGCCUCAACCAGGUCAUGUACAAGUGCAGCGAGUACUUCGAUCAGGACGAGGGCAGUGUGCAGCAGACUCUGGAGCGCCGGAAAAAGUUUGGCAGCUGCGGCAAUCGUUGCCUCAAAAAUUUCGAAUGCGGCCAUCGCUGCAUAACCGUUUGCCAUCCUGGCCCGUGUCCCAAUCCGGAGCUGUGCCGGAAGAAGGUGCGCAUCUACUGCGCCUGCAAGCGGCUCAAGUUGGAGAUAGCCUGCGACAAGCAUCGUGCGGGGCAAACUGAACUAAAAUGCGAUGCCAAUUGUCUGGCAGAGCUGUCCAAGGCGAAGGCUACGGAACAGCAGCAGCUGGAACGUAAACUAAAGCAGGAACAGGAAAAGAAUCGUCUGGAGCUGGAAAAAUACGAGCAAAAGUUCGGCAAGCGCAAGCACAAGGAGCGCAAAGCUUUGGAUGUGCAGCCCGCCAGCUAUCACAUCGAUUGGCAACGUUGGGGCAUCUAUACACUGGCCCUGCUCGCCGUAAUGGGCGCAUUGGGCGUGGCAUACUAUGCGGACAGCUAAACACCAAUAACGGACCAAUA